AUGGACGAGCCCGCCGAGCUGUCCAACAUCAGGGUUGUAGUAAGGGUGCGCCCGGCACAAGAUAAAACAAAGACGGAGGCUGUCACAUGCGGGGACCAGCUCGAGGUGGAUUGUGGUGAUGGGAAGCGCUUCACGGGUGCGUUUGCUGAUAUAUUGGGGCCCGCAGCGACGCAGAAUGACGUCUACCGCAAGGUCGAGGACGUCGUAUUACAAACAACCGAAGGUAUUAACGCGUGCGUCAUGGCUUAUGGGCAGACCGGGGCCGGCAAAACACAUACGAUGCUCGGCGAUAACGACGGUAUCAUUCCGAAGGCUUUGAACGCUCUAUUUGACAAGCUCGGGAGCGACGAGCCGCCCACACCUGUUGCCCAAACUCCAGCACCUAGAGCGGCCAAAGUCUCCGUCAGUUUGUUGCAAAUCCUGGGCGAGAAGCUCGAGGACCUCCUAUCGCCUUCAUCAGAAAUACCGCUGAGGGUGCGGCUGGCCUCCCGUGUUACCGAUGAGCUCUACGUGUCUGGGUUGUCCUCCAUCGUGGUGGACGACGCCGAGGCAGCUUUAAAAGUUGUGAAUCGGGGCUUGAAAGGGAGACGAGAGCGCUCGACCAAAAGAAACGACGCUUCUAGUAGAUCGCACGCCGUGUUGAGGGUCGACAUCGAGAAAACGGAUGAUGUAGAGGUCGUCAAGUCUCGAUUAUAUUUGGUUGAUUUAGCUGGAAGCGAACGGGCCUCGGCCCUCGAGGACGACGCGGAGGGCAGCCCGUCCAAAAUGUACAACCCCUCGGAGACGCAGCGCUUCAAAGAACACGUGGACAUCAACCGUUCGUUAAGCGCUCUGGGGAACGUGGUGUCGGCCCUCAGCGACGGGCCGACGAAACGGCCGCACGUCCCUUAUAGAGACAGCACGCUGACGCGGUUGUUGCAGGAUUCAUUGGGGGGGAAUACGCGGACGGCAAUUGUGGCGUGCUGUGUGGAAAUCAACCAGUGCGUCGGGUGCUUCUCAGCGAUGGCGUGGCCGCGCUGGCUCUGUCGAGCGGCGAGGAAUCGGCAUCGCCAAGCCAUCGAGCAGGCGUCGCGUCGAUGGCGUGGAGGUCGACGCGGCGAUUCAGGAUGAACGCGCCGUAAAAUUUUGAUUUCCACACAGGUGGCGUGCUGCGCCCCCGAAUCGAUCUACGCGGACGAGUCCGUGUCUACUUUGAAAUUUGCGGACCGCGCGCAGCGCGUCCUCGCGCGCGUCUACGCGAAUCGCGACGUCGUGCCGUCGGCGUCCGACGCGACGCUCGCGACGGCCCUCAAAAAGGCCAAGGACGAGAUCCGGCGCCUCAAGGAGGCUUUGAGGAGCGCAUCGCCGGUCAAGCCGCCGUCCUUCGUGAAGCAGAUGCAGCUCGUCGACGUGACGAAGAGCCUCCAGGCCGAGGUCGCGGCGCUUCGCGCGGAAAAUGAACAGUUGAGGAAGCUCUUGGAUCCUCAGAUGGCGGCCAGCGUCAAGGCGGUCCCCUCAGCAGAUAUGGUCUCGCGGACGUCGCCGCGGAAGAAGAAGAAGCAGCGGGGGCGGCCGCCGCGGCCGUCGUCGCAGCCCGACGACGUUAGUAUAACACAGUUCCAGCAGCGGCUCGAGAAGCUGGAUACCGUCGUGGGCCCGCGGCCGACGUCGGCCGCGCGGGCCUCCUCCGAUAGCUUAGCAGCGGAGGCUGCCAAGCUUGAAGAGAAGGCAGCUUCUAAGAUGCUGGCGGAACGCCAAGCCCAGGUCGAGGAGGAGCUGUCGCAGGACGAGGCCGAGUUCGAGCGGAUCCGGCGGGAGCGCGAGGAAUUGGAGAGGCAGCUGGCCGAGAUGGAGGCGGUCGACGAGCCGCCGCCUCCACAAAAAACGCCGCCCCGGCCCCAGCGGCGCCGCCGGCGGCGGAAACCAGCCCCGGCACCAAUCGUCCAGUCGCCGCCGCCGGAGGAACCUACGGCGAUAUUGUAUGGUGACAUGAGAGACGUCGGCGGUCGCGUCGAAGUGUUUAGCUUCCGGUUCAACCGGGCUUAUGCUGGGGACGUCGUCUCGUACGAUCCGAAACGUGGAUUACAUUGUGUCGCCUACGACGACGGCGAGAAGAAGUGGCACGACCUCUUCGACAAGUCGAUCAAGUGCCUGAAGGCUGGGAACGGCAGGGAGACACCGCCGGAAGCCCCUCCCUCCACGACGCCCUUAUCGCUCUCGCACGCGCUGGCGCGGCGCGGCGGGCCGCGCCGCAGACCUCGCCGCAAGAAGAAGCUGACCAACAACCCGGUGGCCGCGACGGGCUACGUGACGACGUCGCCGUGCAAGGGCUCGGAGAUGCUGCCCCAGCUUGGCGAGAUGUACGGGCCGGGGCGGGGGGAUGCGGUCGGGGCGUUCUAAGUUUGUGUUUUGUUACAUUCUUACUAACAUAUCCGGUGGCGGCGGUGGCGGCGGUGGGGCGCGUGCUACAGGGGGUCGCGACGGCGGCGGGGC